AUGAAACCACGUGCAGUGACAAGUGCGCAUAUUUACGUCGAGGCACUAUCAACCGCUGCAGCAGGUGAAAAUCAGGUAGAGUCAGUAAAAGGUGACCACAAACAAGGAUUAGCAGUGAUCAUGUGGUGUAAACAACACAUGGCAGACUGUUGUGAUCUGAAACGAUGCGAGUGCGAUUCACCGUCAGACUGGAUGGAUCAGCCGGUUAGAUGA